CUUAUAUAAAAUACGUAUUGAGUGUUUUGUAAACAUUAGAUUAUUGUGAAUUAUUGUUAGACACGUAUUUAUUUUGAAUGCUAAUAUGAAUAAGAAGAAGCAUGUAAACAAAUAACAAACUAACCUAAAAUUAUUUUUGUAAACAUUUAUUAGAAGAAGAUACUUUUUGUACGUAUAGAAAUUAAAAUAGUAAUUAAAAUUGUAAUUUACAAUGUCCAAUGACAAACGUACUAUAUAUGUGGGUGCUUUAGCCGAUGAGGUAACCGAGAAGCUAUUAAAUGAUGCAUUUAUACCAUUCGGUGAUAUAGCGGACAUACAAAUUCCAGUUGAUUAUGAGUCGCAAAAACAUCGAGGUUUUGCUUUCAUAGAAUAUGAAUCUGCUGAAGAUGCAGCUGCCGCGAUAGAUAAUAUGAAUGAUGCUGAACUUUAUGGACGUACAAUACGAGUGAAUUUAGCUAAACCAGUACGUAUUAAGGAAGGAAGUUUCAAACCUGUUUGGGCUGAUGACGAUUGGUUGCAAAAACAUGCUGGUGCCACGCUCAAGGAAAAUAAUGAAAGCGAAGCAGUCAGUGGCGAACCUGAACAAAUGGAAACUGAAGAAACCAAAACUCCCUCCACCGGUCCAGCUGUUAUAGAAAAGUCUGAAAAACGUAAUCCUCAGGUAUUCUUUGAUAUACGUAUUGGUGGCAAUGAUGCCGGUCGGAUAGUGAUGCUGUUGCGUGCUGAUGUAGUACCAAAAACAGCGGAAAAUUUCAGAGCUUUAUGUACGCAUGAACACGGUUUUGGUUAUAAAGGCAGUUCAUUCCAUCGUGUUAUUCCCGAAUUUAUGUGUCAGGGAGGAGACUUUACAAAUAAUAAUGGAACGGGCGGUAAAUCAAUAUAUGGCAAAAAGUUUUCUGAUGAAAAUUUUACCUUAAAACAUAAUGGUUUUGGUACUUUAUCAAUGGCGAAUUCUGGUCCGAACACAAAUGGUUCACAAUUUUUCAUUUGUACUACAAAAACUGACUGGUUGGAUAAUAAACACGUUGUAUUUGGACAUGUAAUAAGUGGUGCUGAUGUGGUACGAAAAAUUGAGCGUUGUGGCUCUAAGGCUGGUACUCCCUCGCAAAAAGUUGUAAUUUAUUCUUGCGGAGAAUUGAAAUAAAUUUGUAAAUUUAAA